UUGUAUCGGAAGCUAAAAGUUAUUUUAUUUACACAAAUAUUAUUUAUUGUUUAUUUUUAUUGAACAUAAAAAUUAAGUGACCUGCGUACAAACAAAUAAUAUUUUAAUAAUGGCAAUGCUCGCAGAACCGCGUCGUCGCAAGCGCUACAAUUUGUGUCCGCGCGGCAAGCCACUCUACGAAGAUGAUACGCGCUUUGGUACGAAAAUGCUGGAGAAAAUGGGCUGGACGAAAGGCCGUGGCCUGGGUGCGAAUGAGGAUGGUGCUCAGGAAUUUGUGCGUUUGCGCUUCAAGAAUGAUUCCGUAGGAUUGGGCUACGGGGAGCGCGAUGAUCAAUGGACUAUACAUGACGAUAGUUUCAAUGGGCUGCUAAAGUCCCUACAUGGAGGAGAGGAGAACGGCAAUGCAUCUGAAUCCGAAGAUGCCCGACCCAUGGGCCUUGGUUUCAAAGCGGAUGUAACUGCUGCUGAAGAGCCAGAGCCAAAGAAGCUCAAGGAAAAGCUGACAGGAAUAUCCCUGGAGGAGAAAUCCAAGCGCAGUAAGGCUCGCGUGCAUUACAAGAAGUUCACACGUGGCAAGGAUCUGGCACAAUACAGUGAGAAGGAUCUGGCCAACAUAUUUGGCAAGAAGGCUACGGAUGAAAUUGAGAUUCCAGUGCAGAUCAAGAAACAGCAAGAAGUGACGGAGGAGAAACCGGUCAAUCCUAACUUUGCAGGCGUUUGCACUAUAAGCACUGGACUGUCUGUCAAUGAUUAUUUUAAACAGAAAAUGGAAGCAAUGAAGCAAAAGAUGGCGCAAAAUAAAAAUGUUGAAAAUACCUCGAUGAAUGGAGCAAAUGAAAUCGCAAAUGGGGAUGAAAAUGUUGAAGAAGCGCCUAUUAAAAAGAAGAAGAAGAAGAAGGAUAAGAGCAGAGAAAAAGAGCAAGAGACAGUAGAAACUGAAGUUCCAGCGGAAGCAGUGGCAGAAGAACCGUCCAAGAAGAAAAAGAAGUCAAAGCGUGCAGCCGAAGAGAAUGCGAAAGCAGAGAAAGAAGAGCCAGAAACAGAGGCAUCUAGUGAGCCAAAACGCAAAAAGAAAAAGAAGGAUAAGGAAGAGAAUGAGGCGCCCUGCGAAGUAGCUCCAGUUGGAGAAGAGCCUAAAAAGAAGAAGAAAAAAUCUAAGAGAAAUGAGGAUAUCAAUGUGGAAGCAGAGUUUGGCGAAAAGCCUGCCAAGAAGAGUAAAAAGAACAUAGAAGAACUUACAGAGGAGCCAAAAUUAACAGAACCGGUUCCAGAGAAAAGAGAAGACAGCAAAAUAGAAGACAAAGAAGAGAAUGAGUUCGAAGAAAAAAUUGAGAAACGUGUUAAAAAGAAAAGCAAGAAAAGUAAAAAAGGAGACAAAGAGGAACCGCAAUUACAAGACGAAACUAAAUCUCAAACGAAAUCGAUGACAAGCGACGCACCCAAUGGUGAUGACCUUGCAACCACCCCCAGAGAGCUACCAGAGCCCGCCAGUGAGACGCAGACUGAAACUGAAAAAAGUUUCACAUCUUAGAUAUGGGAGCGUUCAAGAACUCCUCACUGAGCGAAAUAGUCGGCUACUCCUUGAAUGAGAACAUUGAACUCCAGGUGAAGGAG